GAUUGGAAGUUCGAUUGAAUAUCUGAUAUAUUUGCUCCAUUGGUUGUGAGCACUGCCAACCCGUUAGCGCGCUCCAUUCUUGCGACUGCGCCUCCACGACGGUUGGGAUUCUUGGGAACUUAAGAGCUGCCGGCUGGUAAAGCCAGCCAGCCAAGAGAGGGAGAGAGAAGGAUGGGAGCGUCCGAAUCGAGGCAGGAAGCGACACAGGACGUGACGAAGGACUUGGAGACGACGGUGGCGACGAUCUGCCACCUCCCAACUCUCCGGGAUGCCUUCACCCGACUCUGCCACGGCAACAACGACCAUCACCCUCCUCCUCAUUCUGAUGAUGCUAUUCUCUUGCAGACCCUCAAGGAUUGCUUCAGCUUUCGAUUCAAAAAAAUUGAGUCAAAAUCGCCAACGGAAGACCAUUUUCUGAAUUUGUUGAACAAUGUAGGGGAAGCCAUUGUUGACCUAUUUUUCACCUGUGAAAACGGGCAAGUUUCCUGGAUAGAGUUUCUAAAAGGCUAUAUCAGGUGUUGUGGAAGGGCUCCAGCGUCAGAAUCCCUUUGUAAUUUGUACAAGCUACAUGCCGAAGCAAGUAGAAAAGCAGGCAUGCCUUCAAAUUUGGACUUUGUUUCUGAUUCCGUCGACUGCAGGAUCAAUGGUUAUUUUAUGUUAAGGGAUGUGCUUACGCUUCUGUGGCUUUGUUGGAUCAUGAUGCAUGAUUCAAGGAUUUCAAAGCUAGAAGUGGUCUUGGCUCUACCGGAAGUGAACCACUUAUUGUGGUCAGUCAUAUUGUCGAACAAUGAUGUUGGUUCUGAAAUUAAACCUAUGGACCAGGGCAAUUUUGAUUUGUCGCAGCAGGUUUCCUUUGACAAGCUUCAUAAGUGGGCACUAACAGUGGUGCCUGGGCUUUCAAAUUGCUUUACCCAGUAUGUGAACGACAGAAUGCAAACAACUAAUUCAGUUGUGCAGCAGGCUGUCUUGGAACCUUGUACUCAAUCGACUAGUGAUUGCCCUCCUAAAGAGGAAAACUCUUCAUGUCUGCUGACAAGCGGACGUGCCUGGUCUAUAUCUCUUACUUUAAGAAACUUCUUUUGUGAAGAGUUAAUGGAAGCAUGUGUUUCUGGAGGAAUUCUUGGGACAUCUGAAAACCUUCUCUACCGGUCUUCUAUACAUGGGAAGGGGUUAAACAGAUUUUGGUCGAACAUUGACGGUUAUCAAGCACCAUUAUUGAUGCUGGUAGCUGCAAGUACCUCAGAUGCUCAUGAAGAUAAUAUUAGUUCAAGGCAAUGGGUUAUCGGUGUCCUUGUUCAGCAGGGCUUUGAAAAUAGAGAUGUAUAUUAUGGAAGCCCAGGAUUUAUUUAUGCUCUGCAUCCAAGUUUCCAUGCCUCUGGUUGGACAGGGAAAGAGAAGAACUUUGUUUGCAGCCAUCUGCGUGCUACACGAAGAGUAUAUGAAGCAAAUCCAAGACCUGUUGGAAUUGGAUUUGGAGGAAGUAUUGGAAACGAGAGAAUAUUUAUUGAUGAAGACUUGGCUCACAUUACUGUUCGUCACCAUGCAUUUGACAAAACUUAUCAACCAGGCUUUCUUGUGCCUAAUCAGGGCUUCCUGGCUGUUGAAGGAUCUGUUCUUGAUGUAGAAGUGUGGGGUCUGGGAGGUAAAUCUGCAAAGCAAGGUCAGGAUGCUUAUAAGAAAAGAGAAGGACUUUUCACUGAACAGAGGCGUAAGGUUGACCUUAAGACUUUUGGAAACUGGGAAGAUUCUCCCGAGAAGAUGUUGCUGGACAUGGUUUCUGAUCCUAACAAAAUCCAACGGGAAGAGCGCUAGUACCCUUUUCAUUGACCAUGCACAAGAAAAUUACUAUGCAAAUGAGCUUUGAUUCCGGAAUAUGAUCAGGUUGUAUCCAUCUCAUGGAAGUUUACCCUUUAAAUGUACAACUUUGUAGUAUAUGUACAAAACCAGGUAAGAUGUGCAAAUCAAUUUUGAGUGUUCCCCUAAAUGCCGACAUUUGUUUUAGGGGGAGACUGCAGGCUGAAAUACUAAGAAUCUAAGGAUAUGGUCCGUUAUAAGACUUGUAUUGGUCAAAUUGGCCUAUAUUGACCGUUA